CCCGGGCGCGGCGCCCACGCAUGACCUCACCUGAGGGUGUGGUCCACGCCAAUAUGCGCGUCUUGCAUAUGGCUGACUGUACUGUCUGGACGCGUACUCAUGGCCGUCCGAAGACCGUAUUAACUUGUCCAGUUAGGCUUCCACACAUGGCUGUGGCCGCUGCCCUCUUCCCAGAGAUCGUGAACGCGCGGGCUGGCAGUCCGCUCCCCAGCCCGAAGCAGUUUCGGACGAGCCCAGGCCCGGCCCGAACCUUUCGGGCUCGGGCCAGCCCGAGCUUGGCCCGCUAGCUCGAACCCCGCCUCGCCCCGCUCAGCCCCCCUCACCUGCAGCGCGUGCUGAGCCGAGCCCGAAUCGAGCCCGAAACCUCGGCUCAGGUUCGGAUCAGCCUGCUUGUCGCUAGCAGCCGGCUGGCGACGGGUGAGCCAGGCCCGACGGCCCGCGCGUUCACGAUCUCUGCUCUUCCUCAAGGGCAUUAGUGAGGUGAAACUGUGCGCAGUCUGGUCGGCUAAUCAAUAUUGACACUAUCUCAUUUCUUCCAGUCUAAUGUAGAAAAUCUGGGCCCAUUCAUGCAGAACAAGCCCGUCCUGAUGGUGCACUACAUUCGCAUGUGGGUCGUUUUUGCAUUCUUCUGCCUAUUGGCUACAGUCGCAGGACUGUGCGCCCUCGUGGAUGUGGCUAUAAGUGGAGCAGGAAUGGGCUUCAUGAUCUUCGUAGCAGCCCUCUCCUGCGCACUGUCCCUGUACUGCCUGAUCUGCGCUAACAGCCUGCACGUCAAGAUGACUCAGGACUUGCAAGCGCAUGCUGUUGGCCUUGCCUCGGUCAAACGAUACGGAGCUACAGAAGAGGAUCCACUCAAUGGAGCAGAGCGUCUCGACGAAUUUUCAUUCGAGUAGUGCCGUUGCUGGCACGAUGUUGGGCGGGACGCGAUAACGCGAAACUUUGAUUGUUGAUCGACACACCCUGUUGCUUUGGUGUUUUUAGACAUUACGAAUUACAAAUCUGACUACAUGAGGGUAACACAGAUGUAAAUGCAGCAAUAUAAGGAAGGCAAGCCUGGAAUAAAUAAACAUCAUAUUUAAUUGUAGUAUACAAAAUAAUUAUUUUGCAUAUAGUUCCUCGGUAACACGAGGGAAUGUAUAAUGUGUACGUAUACAGAAAUGCUCUCCAAAUCAAACUGUGUAACAAGAUGACAGUUUCAACUGCCAAACUAAAGUCUUGGAGUUUAAACUGCGAAUCUGAACAGUUUUUUAAAGUUUAAACUGCCUAUAAAGAUUUCAGUUUUACUCUGGACUUGUGACUUUCUACAAGGAAACAUAUUUUUCCACGCUGGAAGAAAAAUCUUGAUUCUAGAUUUUAUUUUCCUGGGAUGUAUUUAGUCUGGAAAGUUAGUUCUGUUAAAUUUUAUUUCUAUAGAUGGUUUUUCCUAGGUGGAGUUUUUAAAAAUACCAACAGCUCAUAAUGUGGUUAACGUGACCAAAAUGUCGGAUUUCGGUAGUGGUCAAUUUGAACCCUGUCUCGUGGUUGUUCGUUUGAAAGCUUUUUUCACGAUAAAACUAUGUACCCACCAUCCAAAGUUAUCCGUCUGAAUCAAAAUGCAGGCCAAGAACCUAUUCAGAGCAACCGUGAGCAUACCAUGAACUCUGAUGGGGGUUUUUAGUGGGUGGCCGUCGGUGGCCGCCGUUUUUAAACCAACCACCAACUUCAAACUUAGGAAAACGAAGAAAGCCCCUCUGAGGUAGGGCGGCCCGCCGCACUCAGCUGUCGGCGCGGCGUGGGUGGCCUACCCCGCCGAUGACAGGGGCGCUCGGUCCAGACCAGCCGGGCCGGAGGCAGACGCUGCGCCGGCGCUGCGCGCUGGCGACCCCCCCCCCCUCUCUCUUUCAGCUCCAAGUCUUCCCCCCUGCUGCCUCCUCCCCUCGCGGGCGGCGCCGACGUGUCUGGACCUCGAGGGAGGCGCAACGGCGCAGCCCCUCCCUCGGCGGCUUCUUCUGCGGGGCCCGGGGCAGCCAGUGAGCACGCACUGGACGCAGCGCGAGCACGAGCAGCCGACGCACCGCGAGCCACCGCGGGGGAGGCGAGCAAAGAUAACCAGGCCGCAGAGCUCUGCAAAAUCGCUGUAUGUGACCGACCGUCGGAGACCGCUCCGCGGCCUGCGCCUCUGCACACAGGCCGCGUGGCUCGGUCGGUCUGCAUCUCUCAGGCCGACCGAGGCCCGGUCUGUGCAGACCGCGGUGCGAGAGACGUUUUGGGGCGUGGCAGAGCGUUGCGCAUCUGUGCGGGGAAGUGGCGGAGCGUGGCGAUGUGCCGAUUGCCGACGCUGCCGCCUCGAACGUAGGCAACCCAACGAGCACCCCCUCUCCCACACCAAAACCCUGCGGUCUGCGCAGACCGAGUCGGUCUGGCGCGGUCGGUGGUCGGUCUCACACAGCGAUUUUGCAGAGCUCUGCCAGGCCGCACGCCAUGAUGAACAGAAAUGGGGCAGCCCUGGAAGCGGGCCCCGUGGGCGCGCCGCCGGUCCACAGCUCCCCGGCGCUCCCAAAGAAGGUGACCUCCCUGCUGCCUACCGUGGAACAAGGCUGCUGCUGCUGUACCCUGCCCACCUGUUGCAAAGUGCAGGGUUGGAUGGCGCUGGUGGGCGGCGUGCUUGAGGUCCUUAGACUGCUGAUUCUUCUUGUAACUCCGUCAACAACAGAAAAAUCGACAAUCUGCGACGAUAAGGAUAGCUGUUUAAACAUAGUCGAGACGAAUGAUACUACCCUUACGAAAAUAAUCAGUACCCAAACAGUCCCCAAACGGUCUCAUUCAGUCCCCAAACAGGACCCAUUCAGUACGUUCGCUGUGAGACUAGUGCGCUGCGAGGUCCGUUGAGCUGUGGGACUAGUGCGCUUUGGCGGUCUCCCAGACGAGACCAGUGCGCGUUAUUGUACGCUUGAUCAGCGCCCUAGGACCCACGCGGUACCCUUCCCGAGCGCACUAGUCCCCAAAGAGUGACCGUCCCGCGCGCACUAGGGCGCGUUUAGUACUCAUCGGAGGGGACUAGGGCGCAAAGAGGACGCGUCGCACGGGACUAGGGCGCUUUUGAUACUCACAGGAGGGGCCUAGGACUCAAAAGAGUACGCGCGCUGCGGGACUAGGGCUCAGGCAGUGCGCGUGCCGCGGGACUAGGGCUCAGACAGUACCCGUACCGAGGGACUCGCGCUCAAACAGUCACUAUGCAAGACUAAUAAUAUAGGCGGCGAAGGGACUCGAAAGAACCUUCGAACACAUUCGGCAAAGACCGAAUAAUAUCGCAACUCGCUUAACAACUGAGGAUUAAUUUACGCGGGGUCCAUGAGAUUAUAGUGGGGCAAUUCCAGAAAAAAUGGUAUAAAACGUCCGUCAGACGACAUUUGUGAGCGACUGAGAGGUGCUACGGGUUGUUGAAGUACAUGACUAGACGACUAGACGUGUCUUUGCAAGACGCUUCUAGGGACGUAUUGGAACAAUACGUAACACCUCUCAGUCGCUCACAAAUGCCGUCACUGAGGGACACCCCUAUCUGGAAUUGCCGAGAGUGCAAAAAGUGUCGCUACUCUUUGAAGACUGCUGACAAACAUUAAUUUAAACGCAUGCACAUGGACCCGCCAGAGGAAUAAUGGUUACCUAUUUGGCGAGAUAGUAGUGAGGUGAGCUUCUAGACAAAUAUAUAUUUCAGCAUAAGGGGCAAAAGCGCUGCAGUGCCCUGAAGCUAGAGUCGAAAACUGCGUUCUUCUGCGCGCAGCCGUUCGCCCACACGAGCAGGCGCAAGGACUGCGUCGGCUGUGUCUCGAAAGAGGAGGCUGUCGGUUGCGCUCCAUCCCCAUGUUACAGGUUGGCUCAGCGGUCUAAGGCGUCGACAUCACCGGCAAGGAAUCCGAGGAACCAGAGGACAAGGGAACGAAUACGACCGAGCGCGCAGACGGAAAUGGGACUAGUACGCAAAGAGUCCUCGCGCCGAUUUAAUUUUUGUUUCAGGCAAAAGGGGACUGUCAUGUAUUGGUCAUGCCAUGUUGGCUACCCUGCAAACCUGUAAACUGUUGCCUAUAUAUACCUGUGCCUAUCGAAGUCAUUGUCCCGCCCAAGAACCUCGGGGACAGCUCAUAUCCAGAGCAAACCAAGACCCUGACGUUUCCAUGAGGUAUGCAACUCCUGCACCAGUGAGGAGUCGCCAGUCGGCCAGUGUUGUGCAUUGCAAAAAAUGUUUCUACGUGUCCAAAACCUUGAUCCGUCGUUGCCCCCAACUGACAUUUGGACUAAAUACAGUAUGUCUCAUCCUUGCCAAUGUGCAAUUCAGCAUGUUGCUGGUGCGGCUACUAACACCUUGCCUGGAGACUCGCUGAAGGCUAGUGACAGCUCCGUCCUACUCUUGUACGAUGGUGGUACAUAGAGUAACCUGAUUUACGUUGGAGAAGAACUAUUUAUUUCAUGUAUGAACUCUUUCACCAAACUUUACUGUAGCUAACAUUGAAAUCAUGUGAUUAUUUGAUUUCUUCCUGCAGACCUGCUGUGUCUUAUGCUCAUCCUCUUGCAUAUUUUGUUUGUUUUGCUAAUUCUAUCUUUUGAGUUCAAGUUGCAGUUCCAUUAGUUUGUUAUUGCAUUCAUGAAAAUUCUAUGUCAUUGUUCUUGCUCUGUAUUUAGUGUUAAGUAGGCUGUGUCUCUGAUUCCAAUCCUUAAUUCGGCAAACGUCGACCAUUCAUUUAGAUUCUCAUCAUAGGGUAUCAAAAUGCUUGGGGCUCAUGAGGAAACUUUUCCGAGUGGGAUCUAACGCUGCAAGACUUCAAAGUCAAUUUCAAUUUAAUCUUUAGAGAAGUCAUUCACUGUAAAUUUGUUUGCACUUUACAAGUCACGUCACAUCCUCUUAUUGGUAGAUAAAUUCUACAAUCAUUUCCGAGGGUAAAUAAGGUAUUAAAAUAUUUUUUGUGCAACUAGCUCUUCUUCACCGAAGUAACCUCUGUUGCUUUUAGCAUACCUAAUCGUCUAACUGUUUUAAAGCUUUGGCUUUUAUUUAUUCUUGUAUUUACAUUACUUCUCAUUAACCAACUGUGAUCUAUUCAUAUUUCAGCUAUGUUUUAAUUUUGCUAAUGAAAUUGCUCACAACAUUCAUGGUGACGUCUAACGUUCCAGAAAUAAUUCUACUUGCUAUUUGUAAUCCAUAUUCAAAGCUUUCAUUCAUUCAUUUACUUAUUCUUUCUUGUUGGAUUUGUAUCAUCAGUUUAAUUAGCAAAAACUUAUCUGUGAUGUAUUAUAGUUAUUUUAAACUUCAACCAACUUACUUUGAGAGCCAAUCAAAAAAGUUCAAUUGCUCGUGUUCAUGUCAACGUCAAACGUUACAGAACUUGUUAUGUCGAAAGCUCAACUUACUGUCCUCGUAAUAAUAAAUGAUAUUUUUUAAUUCAUUUUUUGGGGGAGGUGUCAUGUAUUGGUCAUGCCAUGUUGGCUACCCUGCAAACCUGUAAACUGUUGCCUAUAUAUACCUGUGCCUAUCGUGCCAAUAAACCAGUUGAAGCUAAACCUACGAGCACUUGUCAUCAGCAUCCCCGAACCAUCGGAACACGACAGGGACUAGUACGCUUUUAGUACGCUCGGCUCGGCGCACGGUCACUGUUUGCGCACUAGUCCCCUUACACUAGGGGACGGGACCAGGGCACACGGAGGGUGUUUUUUCGUCACUUUUGGGCGUGUUUGAGACCAGUCCCCAUGCGCCCGGACUAGUGCCCAAACAGUACGCUCGUGGGGACUGAAUGGUCCCUGCUUGGGGACUGUUUGGGUACUGAUUAUUUUUGUAAGGGUAGCGUCACUAACGUCAUCAUCCAACUCAUCAUCGUCACCAUCACGAUCGUGACCGCUUACCUCUUCCU